GUAUAUUUAUAGUGGUAGUAUCAAUUUCAAUGAGUUUAGUCCGCAAAUUAUCCUCGAAAUUUUGGCAGCUUCUGAUGAAUUUAUACUUGAAAGCUUGAUAGAUACCAUUCAAACCUACAUGAUCGAGAUGCAGUCCGAAUGGUUACAACUCAAUAUUAUUAAUCCUCUCAACAUAGUUUGUAAGUAUGAACAUAUUACUAGACUACGGAAUCAUUUAAUUGAACUUGUUUGUAAGAAACCUCAUUUGUUAUUCGCAUCAAUGGAUUUUCCUCUAUUGGAAGAAUCCGCUUUGAUUUAUGUCUUAAAACAAGACGACCUAGAGUUGGAAGAGAUGAAAAUAUUGGAGAAUGUUAUCAAUUGGGGGGCCGCAAAUAGUAACCCAAAGUUAAGUCAGGAUCGAACUAAAUGGACCAAUAAUGAUUUAUUGGUACUUAAAAGGACGUUACAUAAAUGCAUCCCUUUUAUCAGAUUUUUUCACAUUCACUACAAUGAUCUUAUGAGUGCUCCGUUUCAAGAUAUUCUAUCAAAGAAACUUAAAAAUAAUGUCAGAAAUUAUCAUCUUAAUCCUUAUGCGACGGAACGUCAAAUUCAAGUUUUACCACCGCGAAUGUCGGACAAACUCGAUUCGGAUUUAAUUUCUUUCAAUGAAAUUAAUAGGGUUGCAGGCUGGAUAGAUUAUAGGAGGAAACCAUAUGCAUAUCAAGAAAAUCCAUUC